AAUGCAACCAGAAUGAACUGGUUUGGUAGACAAAGGCAAGAGGGUAGCCCAAGGGGUAGGGGAGGCGAAUUGUUUGAAGUGGCCUGUAUUGGGGGUGAUCUGAUGCUUGCAGAGAGAAAAGAACUCAGAGAGAAAGUUGACGCCCUCGACCUCCACUCGAGUUUGAGCUGCUCCACAAGAUGAAGCCUGCGCUGCUGCUGCUCUUUGUUGCUCUCAUCACAGUCAAAGCUGUAGCUGGAGGGAAAAACAACAAAGAAAAAAUCAAACCUUCCCACUCUGGGUUAGAUUGUACUGACUGGCGCUAUGGAAACUGUGUCCCUAGCAACGGAGACUGUGGCGCCGGGUUUCGGGAGGGGAUAUGUAAUCAGCAGACCAAGAAAAUGAAAUGUAAAGUACCCUGCAACUGGAAAAAAAACUUUGGAGCUGACUGCAAGUACAGAUUUGGAAGUUGGGGUGAUUGUGACCCGACCGCUGGCGUUCAGACCAGAAGCGGAACCUUGAAGAAGGCGCUCUACAAUGCCGAGUGCCUGCAGACCAUUUCUGUCUCCAAACCUUGCCCUGGCAAAACCAAGACAAAAAGCAAAGGAAAGAAGAAAAAAGGCAAUGGACAGUAAAUGCAAGUGAAGAAUUUCUGGGGAAAGACACAAAAGGAUCUUUAUCAAUACAUUUUGUGAACAAUCUCAACUUUGGUAUUUGGACGUUUAUAGAACUAAACUAGUUUUGUUUGUAGACGUUCUGAAAAUAUGACUCUAAUUUUGAUGUAGAAAGUAGAAAAUACUCGAUUGUAAAUCUUUUCUGAAUCUGAUGUUCUGAAUACGGUCCAAGUUAUUAUCUAUUCAUCAGUAAUUAGCAUUAGUGAGAGUGUGCGCCGCAGUAGCAGAUUCUACUAAACUAUAAUGUGCACACAUUUUCAAAUAUGCAAUGGUGUUAUUUUUAAAAUCAUUGAUGAAAAUAAUAAUAAAGACUGAGGACAUAUUUCAA